UGCACAGGUAGCAAAUAAUAACAUUGCAUGCAAAUAACAACAAUAACAUUGUACACAGAUAACGAUAAUAAAAUCGUAUACAAAUAACAGUACUAAAAUUCUAUACACACGAUACUAAUAACAUUGUGCGCGAAAUAGGAAACGAAUCUCAAUUAAAUCGUACGCGUUGCAGUUAGUUAUUUGGGCGGGUUUGUCUUGCAACGUUAUCAAAGUGUCCGGAAGAAUAGAUUAAACUAAUUCGAUCUGUCUGCUGCAGCGUUGAAAAAGAUGCUAACGCCGGGACGAUCGGGAUCAAUCAGUCCCGCGGAGAUCGGCAAUGUACCCGACACGAAGGAUCCUGGGGCAACAGGAAAUGGUUCGGGAACUUACAUGCGUGGUGCGCGCAGCCCAGGCUCCUACGAGGGCGACGACAGGGCGAAAGAGUUCCUUUCGACUGGGAGAGCCGGAAGGAGGAAUGCCCUGACGGAGAUUUUGGGCCGCCACGCUGAACCUGCGAUGUUGGAUCUGCCGGAUCGAUUCGAAGAGCUUUCCAUGGAGACAGUUGCAGGUCAAUCGAGCAGUGGUGGACAAGAUCCGAAUUCGCCAGGCACCUCGAAACAACAGGGUUGACACGGCUCCUGGUUUCGUUCUAUGAAUACCUCGGUCGCAACAUCGACGGGACGUGCCAUUGACGGGAAACGCAGCAGCAACAAAAGAACUGGUUGUUUGAAGUUGCACGAGAAAGGAGUUGCUGAAACACGCAGCAUCGGGCCGUCACUCGAUGUCACGCUCGGCCUCGAACUUCACGCAUCGUUUAUCUUGUCGUUACGUUGGCGAAUACGCCGGUGUGGUUGCUCCUUGAAAGCCAGCUGCACACGUGCGCUACUGUAGGCAUGUGAUUUAACGCGAGUGUGCAGAGCACGCUAUUGGAAACGAGCGUCGCAGCUCGUGUUGUUAGUAACGAACAGAGACAUAUUCACAAUAUGCAUUGAAAUAGCCACGAUUAGUUAGCAAGUUUGAUAUUAUUGAAGCAACAACGUCGCAGACAAUUCAGCAGCUCUUGCGACGCGUCGUUAAUAAAAGUAGGCGACGCGCUCUGGAAAAAAGAGAGCACCGCGAGAAAAUGGUUUUUCCAAACGCGUUUAGAAUUACACGCUUUACAGUGGCGGAUGAACGAAUAUUUUUUUUUUUUUUUUAUUGCAAGUGCGUUCUCAAGUUGCACUCUCCGAGGUUCUUAGAGCGACCACUGUGAGAAUAGUCAGUGGGACAAACGAGUACGCGCUUUGCCAGGAUCUUCUUUUUGUGACAUGUUCGCUGUACCUCAUAAAUCGUGUUGCGAUCUUUUCACGCUGUACUUGCGACAAAGUAGGAUAAAGUCUGUCUUCAGCUGUUUUACGGCUUUCCGGGAGGAGAAGAGCGAACGAAGACGCCUCUUCCUCCUGUCGAGGAAAACGGUCGGUUUUCUCAUUUCCUAAAGAUGUUUCUUAACUUGUAUUAAUGUAAUAGACUGCGAACUUUCCUGCAUUUUUACAUCUUUAUGAAUGGAGCUAAAGAAACGAGCCUUUGUUUCGUCUCUACUGAACAUUAGAGUAAAUAUCUUGCUUUGGAUACUUAACAUACUUUUGGAUAUACGCGUCAAAAUAAAUGCACAAAAAUCCGCAGUCCGACAUUAAGUAAUCGUCCGCUCUUUCGUUCUCGAUUAAUGACUAAUUGUGAAUUGCGAAGUCAAUAAUUGUUCUAGAAAAUCGAGGUUGUCUCGUUGCGCGUGUAGUUCUGUCCUAUAAAGAAGAACAUGAAAAUGUCGAGAUAGAUCUCGUCGCACCUUAAUCUCUUUCUACCAGAGCACGUCGUGUACGUGUGCGUAUAGUUGGAGAAUCGCACGAUGGGAAACACUUGCUGUCUGUCUCACGGAAUAAAUCUUUCGUGUCGUGACGUCGUGAAUGUUGUAUACCGAUAGGUCAGCGUGUUUGUACGUGUGUACGCCCCCAUGGGCACCUUGUGAAUUGCGAAUAUGGUUCAGAGAAACGAGUAUGAUCCUUUGUAUAAAUUUGUCAGGUUCUGUUAACACUGGAGAUAUCUUACAAAUUCUCGGUCUGUUUCCUUUGCUUUUUUUGCAUCGUGGUACGCGUAAAUAUCAUAUUAUACAUUUAGGAAUUGAAAGUUCGAUACAAGAUACGCAGUUUUGUACAAAUAUUCGUUAUACAAACAUUGGCCUAUUGACAAACACACGCGCAGAGAUGUAUUUUUAUUUAUCAUCAGAAAUCAUGUUAUGUAUUUUCUGAAAUUCUCAUAUUUCUACAAAUGCGUGUGAUUUGUUACAUGCCUAAAGAUUAUUUAUAACGCUUAGUAAUUUAAUUGUGGCAACGAAAUUGUCUUGCACCGUAAUUAACUCUAAAUGUGCUUUGAAUAUAUCCAUGAAAUACUAUAGCGAUACAAACAGAAUUACCUCCGUCUGAAAUCGUUUUCUUAGGAUUUUCAAUUGAAAACAAUUUACGUUAUAUUAAUAUUCGUUUACAGCAAUGCUGUUUAAUCUCGUACCACAAAACUGCUAAUGUGAAACAAGAUCAUCAACAGACUUGCAUAAAUACAAGAUGUUCCAUUGCAUCUAAUUUGUGAAAAUAUCGAUAAAGUCAUUAACGGAUCUAAGACAUAUACUGCUGGUCAAGAUAGAAAACUAAAAAUAGGUCUUUUCUUCUGAGAAUAUUUCCAGGAUUCAAGGAUAAUCCUCCGCGCUGUUAAUAUUGUGGAGAACAGUGUAUAAUUGCAGUUGUCCUAAUUAAAUUACACUGUAAUUUAAUUACUUAAUGUAUAGUAAUUACGUAACGGAAACCUUUUCAUUUAGUUCGAUUUGUAAUCACAAAUUACUUCGAUCACGAGUGUAAUUGAAUUAUUUUGCAAUUAUAAUUCUCGAAGCAAUUCAAUUGUAAUUUCGCACAACUCCGAUGCAAAUUAUUUAUUUUAAUGCUUAAACUUCGCUUUUCUUAGUUGCGAAUAAUCGAUAAUUAAAUUAAUAACGAAUAGUAAUUAUGGAAAAACUUCAAUCGUUUAAUACUAUUGAAAUUUCUGUCGAAAACAAUGUACAGUAAGUUAAUUGUGUACAAAAUACAUAAUUCUUAGCUAUGUCGAUAUAAGGGCUUGUACAGAUGAUACUGAGAAUAAUGUGUCUUUGAAUUACCGAAUUGUAAAUAUAUGUAUGUACUGCGUGCAGUGUUGGGCAUUAUUGAAUUAUUUAAAUAAGAAGUAUCUUAUUUAAAUAAGAAAUUUCGUUCUUAUUCGCAAUUAAAACGUUAUUUCAAUUUCUUAUUUGUUAUUUAAUAGGAAAAUGAAAUUUUGCCCAGCACCGUAUACGCGGCAGAAUGUUUAGCACGUAACAAGAAACGACUGACGAACGAUCUCCUGUAAAGAAGCUGUUUUUUAGCGUUAUGCUAUUUUAUCGCGUAAGACGUAAAAUUUUAACGCCAUGAGUAACGAUAUUGUUUCACGUAUAUCGAAUUUUUGCUACAAUUUAAAUACGAUAAAUUUAUGUAUGUAUGUAUAUUGUUACUAAAUAAGGCGAGGCACACAAGUGAACAGCAUCGAGCUCCUGACAGUAUUCGUGUAUGUAACUGGUAAUUAAUCUAAGAGAUAAAUAUAACGUGUAAGUAAUAGAAAAU